UCGAUCCUCGGUAGCUAUCUGGGGCACGGGGCCAGCACGUCUGGCCAGCUCGAAGUGCCACGACUUCACAGCAGACCACGGAUUCUCCAGCGGAGUGAGGGGGAGGGAGACCAGUGGAAAAAAGGCAACUUUAGCUGCAUAGCUGGACAAAAUUUGUGCAGGAGUCACUUCAGCUACAACGCAGAGCUUUUCAGCCCUCCAUCCGUUCCCGUUGAAACCAGCAGACGCAGCUACAUCACCGGCGAGAGCCUUUAAAAAAGAACAAUGGACAUCUACGACCCCCAGACCCUAGGUGUUAUGGUGUUUGGUGGAUUCAUGGUAAUCUCGGCUGUCGGGAUCGCUCUUGUCUCCACCUUUUCCAUGAAGGAGACCUCUUAUGAGGAGGCAUUGGAGAAGCAGCGAAAAGAGUUAGGUAAGGUACAGUCUGGUCGCUCUGAGAAAAAGAAAAAGGACAAAAUAUCUGAGAAAAAAAACCGUGGAAAGAAGAAGGACGAAAAGCCCAAUGGAAAGAUCCCUGAGCCGGAAAAAAAUGACGAUGCUUCAGAUUCUGAUGUGGUCAUUGAAUCUGUACUUGCCCCAACUGUGACUGCUGCUGCUUCUCCUGUUCCUGCCCCUGAGGUUAAACUAGUUGCUACCCUCAAGGCAGAAGACCCUCAACCCAAGCUGGCUGCUGAAACCAUCCCUGUGGAACCAUCACCUGCACCAUCUCCAAAAGACAAGAAAAAGAAAAAGAUUACUAAGGUAGAACCAGCCUCAACUAAACCAGCAGUAGCUGUGUCUACCCCAGAAGUAGUUAAGUCAUCUGCUGCCCCUACAUCAAUUCCAGCCCCAGUUCUUGCUUCACCAAAAGCAAAAGCGCCAUCUACCGAUGCUCCGGCCAAAGCAGCUCCUGCUCCGUCAAAAUCUGCUCCAACAGCAGCCAAGUCUACACCUGCUCCAGCAGCCAAGUCUGCUCCUGCUCCAGCAGCAGCCAAGUCUGCUCCUGCUCCAGCAGCCAAGUCUGCUCCUGCUCCAGCAGCCAAGUCUGCUCCUGCUCCAGCAGCAGCCCAGUCUGCUCCUGCUCCAGCAGCAGCCCAGUCUGCUCCUGCUCCAGCAGCCAAGUCUGCUCCUGCUCCAGCAGCAGCCAAGUCUGCUCCUGCUCCAGCAGCAGCCCAGUCUGCUCCUGCUCCAGCAGCAGCCCAGUCUGCUCCUGCUCCAGCAGCCAAGUCUGCUCCUGCUCCAGCAGCAGCCCAGUCUGCUCCUGCUCCAGCAGCAGCCAAGUCUGCUCCAGCUAAAUCUGCUCCAGCUCCAGCCAAGGCUGCCCCAGUGCAAGCAAAGACUGCUCCAGCGCAAGCGAAGGCUGCUCCGGUUCCAGCGCCAGCUAAGUCUGCUUCAGCCCCAGCUAAGUCAGCCCAAGCACCUGCAAAGGCGACAGCUGCGCCAGCCAAAUCUGCCCCUGCCAAGUCUGCUCCUGUUGCUCCUACUGCAGCAGGCAAGUCUGUCUCUGUCCCAGCCAAAUCUGCAGCUACAUCUGGAAAGGCUGCAGCUGCCUCAGGAGCCCCAAAACAACAACAGCAGCAACAACAACAGCAGCAGCAGCCCAAAUCUGCACAGACUCCAGCCAAGACAGCCCCGGUUCUGGAGGUCAUCACUAAAGAUGUCCCAGUGAUGGCAGUGCCUCCAGUGGGAUUGCAGCAAGCUCCUGCUCCAGCAAAAGUCCAAGAGCCUAAAAAAAAGUCCUCAAAGAAGAAGAGUGAGCCUGCGACAGCAGUGGAUUCUACAGAAGCGCCCCUGUAUCUGCCCUACAAGACUCUGGUGUCCACCGUCAGAAGCAUGGUGUUCAGUGAGGGAGAAGCUCAACGUCUUAUUGAGAUACUGUCUGAGAAAGCUGGCAUCAUCCAGGACACCUGGCACAUGGCCACUCAGAAGGGUGACCCAGUGGCUGUCCUCAAGAAGCAGUUAGAAGAGAAGGAGAAAAAACUGGCCACAGAACAGGAAGACGCCUCUGCAGCAAAGGCACGCCUGAGGGAGCUCACCAAGGAGCUCUCAUCUGAGAAGUCAAAGGUGACCAGUGUGGAGACCAGGCUGAGCUCACAGCUGAGUAAGAGGGAGCAAGAAAUGAUGGCACUGCAAGCUCGAAUGCAGGCCAGUUAUCAGGACCAUGUGGCUCAGACACAGAGGCUCAAUGCAAAGAUCCUCAGCCUGCAGGAUCAGCUGGAGAAGGGCCCCACUGCCCAACUGGCCCGUCUGCAGCAGGAGAACUCCAUCCUCCGUGAUGCCCUCAACCAGGCCACAAGUCUGGCUGAGAGCAAACAAAAUACAGAGCUGGCCAAGCUGCGACAAGAAUGUGCCAAGCUGACAAAGGAGGUUGAGGAGAAGACAGAAAGUCUCCACGCAGAUGAGCAUGUUAGGAAAGGGCUGGAGACCAAGCUCUCUGCUGCUGAGAAGCAGCUCUCCCUGCUGCAGGCCGGUCAUGCUGAGAGUGAGCAGACUCUUCAGAAGAGAUUGGAGGAGGUGAGUGAAGAGCUGAGAACAACACAAAGAAGAACCAGCGGCCUGCAGGCCACUCUGGACAAGGCCCAACAAGACAACAGCUCACUGUCAGAAUUUCAAGUGCAUGCCGAAAAGCUGGAAGCCGACAUCAGGGAGCGCUCUGCUCAGGUAGAUGCCCUUACUGCCCAGCUGGCAGAGGCACAGGCAGAGAAAAGUCAGCUCACCCAGCAGGUGACCUCCAUCAACACACUGCUGGAGGCUAGUCAAAACAAAAAAGUGGAAGAGGACAAUCAGGUAAAUGCUGCAGAACUGGAACAGCUUAAACUCAGGCUCCAGGAGAGGGACGGCCAGUUGCAAACGCUUCAAGAGGAACUGAAGCAAGUGCAAAUAAAGCAGGAAUCUGCAGAGAACACUAUAGUUGAGCUGGAGCAAAGGAACAAGAGGGAGGAUGCCAGUCUUAUCACAUCACUUCAAGAGGAACUUCAAAACCUUAAAGAAGAGAUGGUACAAGUUAAGAACACCGCACAACCAGAUGCCUCUGAAAAGCUUGCUCAGCUACAAACCAGUUUAACUGAAAAGGACAGUUUUAUCACAUCCCUGCAAGAGCUGCUGACAGAAGUGAGAGAAAAGAUGAGCACAGAGGCACAGAGCACAGUGGAACAGCUGACAACUUUCCAGAAUCAAACCAAAGAAAGUCUCCAGUUGCUUUUCCCACACAUUCCUGUAGAGACAGAGCAGACCAACUGGUUACAAGUAUUUACACAGAAAGCCCAGGAGGCUCUAACCUCACAAAACCAGGAGUCCAGUCCAGAGUUGUCUGAGAAACUGAAAGAGGCGCAGGAGAGUCGCGGGUCCCUGCAGGCCGAAUGUGAACAGUACCGGACAGUUUUGGCUGAAACAGAAGGAAUGUUGAAACAUCUACAGAAGAGUGUAGAAGAAGAAGAGCUAGUUUGGAAGUCCAAGAUGGCUACCUCAGAGGAACAGCUGAGGGUGGCUUUGGAAAAAAUCACCAAGAUGGAGGAAGAAAAUCAAAGCGUAUCACAAUUAAAGGAGCAGAUGAUGCUUCUAGAAGCUCAGCUGGAGAAGGAGGCAGACAACCAUGGAGCCACAGAGGAGAUGGAGCAGCUGAAGCUGCAGCUGUCAGAGUGUCAGAGCCAGUUGGAUUUGGCCCAGAAGGAAUCACAGGCACAGAAGGAGGAGCUGGUUCAGGUCAGGGAGCAGCUGGGCGAGAUCAGAAUGGGGGCUCAGCGUGAACAGAACGGCCCAACUGAGGCUCAACCCAGUCAGGUCCAGGAUGAGUUGACUCAGACAGCAGAGAAGCUGCACGGAGAGGUGACUCAGAGGCAGCAGCUGUCAGAGGAGCUCCAACAGGCCCAGAAAACAAUUGCAGAAUUCCAGGCUCAGCUGGAUCUUCUGAAAGUUUCUGCUGAGUCACCAUCAGCUGAAACAGAAGACAUUACUCAGCUCAAGGAGCGUUUGGAGAAGGAGAAGAAAUUAUCUAAAGACUUGGGCCAAGCAGCCACCAAACUCCAGCAGCUCCUCAAAGCCACACAAGAGCAACUGACCAAAGAGAGGGAGACGGUGAGAACACUACAGGAGCAUCUGGACGGCAAGGGAGAUUACGUAGAACUGAAGGAAGGAACAUCCGUCUGACAGAAGUAUGAAGACACUACACAAAUAUGCCAAAUAUGCCUUAUAAUUACUAUAGUUAUGCAUUCCAAAAAGAAAAUUAUUUUACUGUAGUCGAUUGCAUUUGUUGCAACUGUAGGAAAAAUGUUUGAUAAUAUGAGCAUUGGAAGUGAGGACUGGAUAUGGGGGUCUAGAUCCGGUCUUCCACCAAAACACAUUCCACCAAACAUUCUGGCUAUGUCAGAAGUUAUUUAUCCCCCUGCCUUAUUUUCCAAACAUUUAUCCAUAGUUCAGUGUUAAAAAGGGAAACCGAUUGUACGUCAAACGUGCAAGAAACCUGUGCAAUGACUUUGUAUGUCUUUUCUAUGUGGUUGAAUGAUGGGAGCGUUUAUGGUUCAGUUGUGCAGUACCAUCAGGGCCUGCACUCUGUCACUGGUUGCCAACAACACAUUGAAAAUUUGGAUUUGUAUGAAUGAAUAAACUGCAGUGUCAUGCUGUC